AUGUUGGACGACAAAGAAACUCACAUACCAGUAGAUUUACUGAGGGACAUACUGGCAAGGCUACCGGUGAAAACCCUACUACGAUACAGGUGUGUUUGUAAACUCUGGUGUACUCUAAUCGAUUCCAAGGAUUUUCGCCUCAACACAAACAAUCGUAAAAACACUGAUGUAUUAGUUAUGAGAAGCGUUAAAAACCGCGAUCAAUUUAUAUUUACUGUUCGAAGCACUGAUACAUCUAAGAUAACUGAUGAUCUUUGCAUGAUUUGCGAGUCAUAUACACUUCUUGGAACCUGUAAUGGGUUGAUGUUGAUGUUGAUGUCUAAGAAACUAUCUGACAACACAGUUAUGUUGAGAUUGUGGAACCCUUCAAUUCAAAAGUCCUUGAUACUUCCAUCGUGUCCUUUGAGUUCUGAGUACUUGAUUAGAGUGAUUUCCAUUGAUCAAUAUUUAUAG